AUGAAGAUGUCUAUGAAAAUAUAUGUUUACGUAACCAUUAUUAAAUUUAUAUGCUCAAGUCUUGGUGUAAUGUGUAAUGUAAAUGUUUCUGAAGACUUCUCUGCAACAUUGGACCAUCCCAUGAACAGGAAUACAAAGCGGAUGGGUAUAUUUCACAGUGAGCAAGAAAUAUUAGACAUGUUAGGUGAAGAAUUAGUAAGAGGCACCCACAAUGUGAGUGAUCUUCUGAAGACCUACAAAGAAGAAUGUGUUAGUCUUUCAGCCAACAUUCAGAACACUGGUACUGAUAGAAUGAGAAGACCCUUCAUAGUCAUUGAGUCCAACUACAGGCCACCAAGGAAGCUCCUAGCCAAACAACUAGCUGACAUCUUGAACGGGUACUACAUCUCAGUGCCUCCAAGGUGCCUCAGGGAGUAUCUCUACACAUUCGAGUUCAACCCUCGAAUGAGAAGAGCAUACUUUGGACUGGCAGUCUACGCUGCGGCCCAUGAAGCACGAUCUUCAUAUUACGACAAACCAGUUAUAUGUUCAGGGUACUGGGCCGACCAGACCACGUUUGCUAUUGCCAAGGAGUACGAACUAGAUGAUCUUCCCGAGAAGGGAGAUUCUGUGUAUACUUGGCCAUCAGACUUGCUCAAACCUGAUGUUAGCUUCCUUCUCAACGUUCCCUCCAGUGAACUAGAGCCUCAAGAGACAAUACCCUUCCCUGACGACUUCCAGAGAAAGAGACUAAGGGCCUUCAAGCGCUUGAGGAAGCCUCGACUGAGAGAGAUCAAGGAGAUUUACUACUACGACACAAUCCUAGCAGUUAUGCAAAGCCAGAUGCUGGACAUAUUUAUGCACCCAAGGUGGAAAGCCAAGAAUGUCAGAUACUAAAAUAUACUUAUCAAACCAUACAA